AUGGACAGCAUCAUUGAGAAGGGGGAAGAAAAUUGCAGGCAGCUGAUUGAAGCUCACAAGGAGUGUAUGAGAUCUCUGGGCUUCAAGAUAUGA